AUGGCAUCGUAUUCAUUCAUGGAGUUUGUGAAUGACCACAAAAGCCAACUGCUACACGCUGGCGUACCAGAACUUUACUGGGGAGCACUGCACGCAAAGCUGGCGACAAAGUUAUUCGAUGCUGGCGAUUUCUUUGCGCUGGCGCAGAUCAACUACACUGACCCGGAGACCGGUGAAGUUGUAGACAGGGACUGGGAUCUGACUGUGUCGGCGGCUGCUGGCGUGAGCUGCGCUGACCCCACCAACAUUUAUCUGGUGGACCACGCUUGCACCUUCCAGCUGUCGGAGGUGCGCACAAUGCUGCAGGCGAGUCCGGCUCUGGUCGCACGUUUGCUGAAUAUCCUCAGCGUCACAGAUGAGGAUUUGAACUCUGUGACCGUGGACAAAGUUGCACACGUUACGGAUGCCGAUCGGAAGCCCUAUCUCCUACUGCCCUGGGUAGAACAGGACUUUUCCGAGCAGUCCUCUGCGCACGAUUUCAUUUUCAGUGACGCCUUUUUCGCGGUCAGUCUGCCCUCAUUUUCAUUUUUUUUCAUCUUAUCUUGCCACUCCUCCUGGCUACUAACCAUCAUCAGACUUCCUACACCUAUUUCUACUCUCCUACUCUGUCUUAUCUUCCUAAGUAGUUUUUUUCUCUUGCAUGCUUUUUGA